AUCUUUAUUCAUUCCCCCGAGAGGUUGCCCUGAGGGUGUCAGGCUACCGACUGCAGUCACUAUUUACGCCAGGGUGUUUAAAUGGAAGUGGGGUGGAGCACUUAGUGAGUGACAAUUGUAGCAAGAACGAGAGCUUGAUCAGCCGAGAGUGUGAAUCUUCUCCUCCUGUCUGCCAGGGGUUCUGCACUGCGAUGUAUACACAAGGCAAUAACGGUGUGAAAACUUUUCACACAGAUCCAGGACAUACAAUGAUCAGGAAAAUCUACACUACUGCCUAUUUUCACAUGGGAAUAUAAAGCUUAAAAACGAAGCGGAGUCUUCAGUCUUCCAUAUUUGUUCUUCCACUAAUCAUCUUCCACAAAUCAUUUGUUUUCCUGUGCCCCAGCACCCAAAACAAAAUCAGCUACAUUGUUGUGCUUCAUGCCCUCAACUGGGGGGUAACCGUUGGUUACAUUAUUUUUGUAUAAUAUAAAAGGAGAUAAUUCCCUUCCCCUUCUCUGUACGAGGAGAGAUCAUUCCACCAUAUCUUGUAUAUGAAUACAGACGAGGUGAAAGGUCCCAGGUCUCAGUCACGCAACAUUGCCCCUAUUGCAUGUACACAAUCCCCUCGCCGUCUGUGCUCUGCCAGGAAGGAGGAUUGCUUGCUGCUAUUAAGAAGGGGAUAGAAUAAAAGAAUUAUUCUGCUACUAUAAAGAGGAAAAAGGGGAAAAAAAAAACACCAACAGAAAAAAAGAGCAGGAAAUGCAUUAAUCCAAUUUUAAGUUUACUGAGCUGGACGCUGGAUAAUCCUCAUCAGGUGCAGAGAGGGAAAGCUGCGUGGAUUUUACAACCCUGUAUUGGAUUUACAAAUGCCGGGAAAGUAAGAUGGAAAGACUGCUGUAGACGGAACGGGAGGAAAAAGGGCAGAUGCCUUCAGCUUUUCUUUAAAAAAAAAGGAAGAAGACAAAGAUCUGGGCCAAAACACAGGGACCCAGUUCAUUGGGUAAAUAGUGACUUAGCUGCAGAAUGGCAAUCACCACAACUACCACUACCACCACAGCUAUGGCAGCUGCUUCGGCAGCAGCAACCACAACAGUGACUGUCACCACAGUUGCCAUGACAACAGCUACAUUAGAUUUGCGUGACUGGCUUUUCCUGUGUUAUGGACUUAUAGCCUUUCUGACAGAAGUAAUAGAUAGUACCAACUGCCCAUAUGUUUGCCGUUGUGACAACGGCUUCAUCUAUUGCAAUGACCGUGGUCUAACUUCAAUCCCAGCAGACAUCCCAGAUGAUGCAACGACCCUCUACCUCCAGAACAAUCAGAUCAACAAUGCUGGAGUCCCAAAUGAGCUAAAGACUAAGAUCAAUGUGCGAGUUAUCUACUUGUACGAGAAUGACCUUGAUGAAUUCCCUCUAAAUCUUCCACGCUCACUUCGGGAGCUUCACCUCCAGGAUAAUAAUAUACGAAGUGUGACCCGUGAUGCCCUGACCCGUAUUCCACUGUUAGAGAAACUCCACUUAGAUGAUAAUUCUGUGUCAACAGUUAGCAUUGAGGAUGAUGCCUUUCUGGAUAGUAGACAACUUCGCUUACUGUUCCUUUCACGCAAUCACCUCAGCAGUAUCCCCAAUGGCUUACCACGCACAUUGGAAGAGUUGAGGUUGGAUGACAAUCGAAUCUCUACUAUCCCUCUCCAUGCUUUUAAGGGACUUAAUAGCUUGAGGAGGCUAGUGUUGGAUGGUAAUCUUUUGGCCAACCAGCGCAUUGCAGAUGACACAUUUAGUCGCCUUCAAAACUUGACAGAAUUGUCCCUAAUUCGAAACUCAUUGAUAGCGCCUCCACUAAACCUUCCUAGUACUCAUUUGCAGAAGCUCUAUUUACAGGAUAAUGCUAUUACCCAUAUCCCAUACAAUACUUUGUCUAAAAUGAGACAGUUGCAAAGACUGGACCUGUCCAAUAAUAAUCUCACAGCUCUCCCCCGUGGUGUUUUUGAUGACUUGGAGAGCCUAUCUCAGCUCUUCCUCAGGAACAACCCUUGGUUUUGUGGCUGCAACCUUAUCUGGCUGCGGGACUGGGUGAAAGCUCGAGCAACUGUGGUAAAUGUUCGUGGGUUAAUGUGCCAGGGUCCUGAAAAGGUUCGUGGGAUGGCCAUUAAGGAUAUCACUCAUGAGAUGGAUGAGUGUUUUGAAGGAGGACCACAAAGCAACGCAGCAUCUGCUCAUGCUACUCCUGCUGGUCCAGUAAUAACAACCCCACCUCAGGGUUCUCUCUUUACCUUGAAAUCUAAGAGGCCUGGGAUUCGAUUGCCAGAUUCCAGUUUGGACUACCCCAUGGAAACUGGAGCAGGAACAAAAGCCUUGGUUAUUAAUGUGAAGCCACUGACAGCAGACAGCAUUCGUAUAACAUGGAAAUCAUCUCUUGCUGCAAGUUCCUUUCGUCUCAGUUGGCUGAGACUGGGGCACAGCCCAGCUGUAGGUUCUAUCACAGAAACCUUGGUUCAAGGAGACAAGACAGAGUAUCUCCUCACUGCCCUAGAACCUCGUUCUACCUACAUCAUAUGCAUGGUAAGCAUGGAUGCUGGGAAUACUUACCAUGCAGAUGAGUCACCUGUUUGUGCAAAAGCAGAGACAGCAGAUGUUUAUGGUCCUACCACUACACUGAACCGUGAACAAAAUGCUGAUACACUAGCUGGAUUACCAUUGGCAGGCAUUAUUGGUGGUGCAGUCACCCUGGUCUUCCUCUUUCUCAUUCUGGGAUCCAUCUGCUGGUAUGUCCAUCGGGCUGGGCAACUGUUGACCCGCGAACGAGCAUACAGCAGGGGCAGCCGUAAAAAGGACGAUUAUGUUGAAUCAGGCACAAAGAAAGACAACUCUAUCUUGGAGAUAAGAGGACCAGGGCUUCAGAUGCUACCUAUAAACCCUCAUCGGGCUAAGGAGGAGUAUGUUAUCCAUACCAUAUUCCCAUCUAAUGGCACUAGUCUUUAUAAAAGCACUCACACGAUAGGCUACAGCACUCAUAGAGGAUAUAGAGAUGGUGGUAUCCCGGACACAGACUAUUCGUAUACAUGAUAAACCAUAUCAAUGGACUGAUCAAUUCCCUCAUUCCUAGUGAAAUCUCGUUUUUAUCUGUGCCCAGAAAGGAUUCACAACAAAGAAAUAGGAAAACAAACAAACUUAAGCUGUGAGGCAAAAAAAAAACUGG